UUUUUUAUUAGAACAAUUUUAUAAAUGAUAUACAUAUUUAGUCGACGACCAUGACUAAGAUAUCAAACCUAUUUUAAUCAACUUAUCAAAUAGACUCAAAUAUGAAAAAGGAGGAAUUGAGGUAUUUAUAUAAAUGAGCAAGUUGUUUGAAAUACGACAGGGGUACAUUUAAAUCGAGGGAAGUUUGGUGAAAAAGAGAUUGAUUGGGUGAAAAGAGGUAGCUGAGAUAUGAAAUCGGUCGAGAAGAGAAAUAUAGAAUUAUAGAAAGAAAGGAUACAUAUAAAUAUAAAAACAAGAGGGGAGUUAGCUUUUGUAAGAUGAGUGAGUAUAUGGUCAAUUGGUGAUGUUUCAGAAAGUCAAUUGGUUUUAGGGAUCGUGAGGGCAAUAACUAAAUCGUAAUAGAUACUGUACUAGAUAGAUUCAUAUAAGACUAAAGAUGUUGAUAUGAAAAACAAAUGAAAAAGAACUAAAGAUGUUCGAAAAGCAGUUGAUUAAUUCCAUUUUGAUGAUAAUACUCGUUUUAGUGAUACUAUAUUAGUUAGAAGCAAUAUUGAUUAAAGCCCAUUUGAGAUGAGUCUAUAUGAUAGAUUUGAAAUCUUCGAAAUAUAAAACAAAAAACUGGCUCACUUUUUCGUACUUGGUACACUCACCUACCGAUCCAAUAAUGUAAGAAAAUUCACCAGUAAAAUAGUCUAUCUCCUUUUUCUUCUUUCUUGCAAGGCAGUUUUUGGGAUCGUCUGGGGGGUUUCUUAAAUUUUUUUUAAAUAUAGGUACUUUAACAGAAUUAUGUAUAUAAAUAAGGUUUAAACUAGAAAGGAAACGCAAUGUGAUCCUCCUAUAUAAAGGAACCUUCACAAUAGCAAACUUGAUCAAUAAUCAUAGCUAAGUAAAAGAAAGAAUUCUAUAAAGCAAAUGGAGAAUUUAGGGUUUCUAAUAAUUUCGACCUUUUUGCUUAUAUUUGCAACUCUUCUCCCUUAUCCUUCCGCUUCAACCACCCGUCGAUUUCACUUUAAUGUCGAAUGGAAGAAGGUAACUCGAUUGUGCCACACGAAACAGCUUUUAACGGUGAACGGACAAUAUCCAGGGCCGACCGUGGCAGUACACGAAGGUGACACCGUAGAAAUCAAAGUGACUAACCGGAUUGCUCAAAAUACAACUAUUCAUUGGCAUGGGUUAAGGCAAUACCGAACCGGUUGGGCUGAUGGACCGGCUUACAUAACACAAUGUCCAAUAAGAUCAAAACAAUCAUAUACAUAUAGAUUCAAAGUGGAAGAUCAAAGAGGCACACUCCUUUGGCAUGCUCAUCACUCAUGGCAACGAGCCUCCGUCUAUGGCGCUUUCAUCAUCUAUCCGCGGCAGCCUUAUCCCUUUUCCGGCAGUAAUAUCCAAUCAGAAAUCCCCAUUAUACUUGGUGAAUGGUGGAAUGAUGACGUGGACAUGGUUGAGAAAGAGAUGAUGAAGACCGGAGCUGGGGCUAAGGUUUCCGACGCUUACACCCUUAACGGGCUUCCCGGCCCACUUUAUCCUUGUUCUACCAAAGAUACUUUCACGGCGACCGUAGACGCCGGGAAAACCUACAUCCUCCGUGUAAUCAACGCAGCUCUAAACAACGAGCUCUUCUUGGCUGUAGCGAAUCACACGCUAACCGUAGUCGAGGUCGACGCGGUUUACACCAAACCGGUUCAUACCAAAGCAAUCAUGAUCGCUCCCGGUCAAACCACCACCUUUCUUCUCCGCGCCGACCAACUCUCCGGCGGCGAAUUUAUCAUCGCCGCAACUCCUUACGUCACUUCCGUCUUCCCCUUCAACAACUCAACUGCCUUCGGAUUCCUCCGAUACAGCGGCAGAAGCAAACCGGAAAAUUCCGAAAAUACACGGCGGAGACGGCGAUUAACGGCAAUGUCGACAGUCGCAGCUCUUCCGAAUAUGCUGGAUACGAAAUUCGCGACGAAAUUCUCCGAUAGCAUCAAGAGUCUCGGAUCAGCGGAGUAUCCAUGUAAAGUCCCGACGAAGAUCGACAAGCGAGUGAUCACCACGAUAAGUCUCAAUCUCCAGGAUUGUCCGCCAAAUCAGACCUGCGAAGGUUACGCCGGGAAAAGAUUCUUCGCAUCAAUGAACAACAUCUCAUUCAUCAGACCUCCGAUGUCGAUCCUCGAGAGCUACUAUAAGAAACAGAGUAAAGGAGUUUUCUCGCUCGAUUUCCCAGAGAAACCACCGAACAGAUUCGAUUUCACGGGAGUAGAUCCGGUAUCGGAAAACAUGAACACCGAAUUCGGGACGAAGCUAUUCGAAGUCGAAUUCGGAUCGAGAUUAGAGAUCGUGUUUCAAGGAACGAGUUUCUUAAACAUCGAGAACCAUCCGUUACAUGUACACGGACACAAUUUCUUCGUAGUGGGAAGAGGAUUUGGGAAUUUUGACCCGGAGAAGGAUCCGAAAAGGUACAACUUGGUGGAUCCGCCGGAGAGGAACACCUUUGCGGUGCCGACGGGAGGAUGGGCGGCGAUUAGGAUAAAUGCGGAUAAUCCAGGAGUUUGGUUUAUUCACUGUCAUCUAGAACAACAUACUUCUUGGGGAUUAGCUAUGGGGUUUAUCGUUAAAGAUGGACCUCUUCCUUCACAAACUCUGCUUCGUCCUCCUCAUGAUCUUCCUCAGUGUUAAAAAUGUGUUUUAUUAUUAUUACCUGGUUUGUUAGGGUUUUGUAAGAGUGUUUAAAUAUAAAUCUAGAUUGUCAUUUUGGUUUUAAUUGUCAAAA